GUGCAAAACUACCCUGACACCUUGCUCGCCACCCACAUAAUCAGGACGUUUAAUACUUAACCCCAUCCCGCGUGCUUGGCUGUCAUCCACUGUCGCUUUCCCAAUGUCGCUCUCAUACUCUGUUGGCGAACGCGUGCUGUGCUAUCACGGUCCACUCAUCUACGAGGCGAAGGUCCUGAAGGCGGAGGUGUGGGAUGAGUCGAACACAAAAACCGCUGCCGUGGGCCCACACUUCUUUGUGCACUACAAAGGGUGGAAACAGACAUGGGAUGAGUGGGUAUCGAUAACUCGACUCCUUAAGUACGACGAGACGAACGUUGCGCUACAAAAGGCGCUCACGAAUCAAGCUUCCGCGGCUGCAGCUUCCUCGUCAGGAGCCUCUAAAGGAAAGGGUACGAGUGGAGGGACUAGCACUACUGGAACGGGGACUGGACGAGCUAGGAAGGAUGGUCGUGGCACGAAACGAGGAAGAGAGGAGGACGACAGUCAUCGGAAACCAGAGAUGAAGUUGAAUGUUCCCGAAGCUCUCAAAGUACAGCUUGUGGACGAUUGGGAAGCAGUUACGAAGAACAAUCAGCUCGUUCCCCUUCCUCGCAAUCCCAAUGUGCUCGACAUUCUCCUGGAAUUUAAGGAUCACAUCAUAAAAAUGGGUAAACAGACCAACCUUCGUGAUCCGGAGCUCAUAUUACCGACCAUCAUUUCCGGUCUUCAAGUCUACUUCGACCGAUCUCUGGGUGCAAAUCUGCUGUAUCGAUUCGAACGCCCACAAUAUGCGGAGAUUCGGAAGACUUACGUCACGGGCCCGAAAGUAGUCGUUGGGCAAGAGAAAGAAAUGAGCGCAAUUUAUGGAGCGGAACAUUUGCUGAGAAUGUUGGUGAGCCUGCCUCAGAUGGUGGCAAGUUCCACGAUGGACGCGGAGAGUGUAGGCUUGGUGAAGGAUUAUGUUAAUGAAUUGCUUGUGUUCCUUGUAAACGAGCGCAGCCGGUUUUUCUUGACUGAGUACGAAAGUUCAAGUCUGCAGUACCAGAACAUCUCGCGGUCGUGAAUAUAUCAAUUCCUCGAUAUUUGUUGUGGUCCUUUCCGUGUCUUCACAGCUGUGCAACCCGAUUACAAUUUGUGAACCCAAUUUAUCACCUCCACUGAGCACCAUAUGUAUAUGGGCAUUGGGUGUAGAUCUCUGUA